UGAAGAUGAAGGCCCACAGUACUGACUUCACUUUGGUGAUAUUUAUAUCAUUAUCACUGCUUCUUUUGAGACACGAAACACAUGCUUCUUCCAAACAAUUUCAAGCAACACUUUACAAUAACACAAAGAAUAACGAUACAUCAAUUUGCCACGGUGGGUUCAUGUCUGUUUACAUAUCAAAAGGGCUAUCUGCUGGUCUUCCUUUCACCAUUUAUGUUGAAGAUGAACACAGCGGAUACUACCAGGCCAUCGCUAUAGCCAAACACUGCCACUACUUCCUUGGAGAAACUGACAGCUUUAUUGUCUUUACGGUUGCUUUACAUGGAUGUUUCGUGAGAAGACAUAAAUACUUGACACAUCUAAAUGUUGUCAUCAUGGCACCUGCAGACUUUGGAAGACUUGAAAUUGUCAAGACAAUACCUCUGAUCUGUGAAAGGAAAAUCAAAGAGGCAAACAAAAAUGAUAAUCCGCGAGUAUCAAGACAUGAUUUCUGCAACCAGGACGGCUUUAAAAUCACCAUCCAUCAGAAUGCCACAGUCCCACCUCUGAAUCUGGAGGCUGUCUGGAUCCCAUCUGGUCAAAGCCAGAAUUGCAAACCCCAGAAAAGAUCCAAGGAUGCCAUCACUUUCAGCUUUCCAUUCACGGACUGUGGCACUCAGUCUGUGAUAGCAGAUGGAAUUAUAACUUACUGGGUGAAUAUUGAGGUGAAACAACAUGCACAGAAAGGCUCUAUAUUCCGUGAUACUCCUUUCCAUCGUACUGUGCAUUGUAGCUUUGCACUGGCCCAAGUUACUCAGCUGGGCAUUGAGGUUCAGGGAGAAAAACCUGAGCAACCAUCAGCACUGAAGAGUGAGGGAAAACUGAGGAUUGAAAUGAGGUUUGCCAAAGAUUCCAAUUACAAGGCUUUCUAUUCCUCUCGAGACCCUCCAACAGUAACUGAGCUCGGCCAGCCUGUGUAUGUGGAGGUGUUUGUCCUCAAACAUGAGGACAACAAUGUGGUGCUGCUGCUUGACGACUGCUGGGCGACGCCAACUGAAAACCCACGUGACCCACAGAGAUGGAACCUGCUUGUUAAAGGAUGCCCUUUCAGUGGUGAUAGCCACACAACUGUUGUGUUACCAGUUGCUUCUAGUAAGGAGAUGAAAUAUCCCUCUCUUCAUAAAUGGUUUGUCAUCAAGAUGUUCUCAUUUGUGAAGUCCUCAAAAUCUGAAAACCAGGUUUAUUUUCACUGUGAUGUAGAGAUCUGUAAAGGGCCACAUUGCAUACAAUCCUGCAGCAGUGGAAGGCGUAAAUUAAGAAGAAUCACACCAGGGCGAGGACAGAGGAUUUUUCACAGUAUAGUCUCCAGUGUACCUCUUCUUCUAUAUCUCCUGUAAAUAACAACAAAGGGACUUCUAAUUUAAAUCAUAUUUGGAAGGACAAUUGAGAACAGUUCUGUCAAGAGCUGUCCAUGAUUUGUAAUAUAUCUUAAUGGCCAGUAGCCUAUGCAGAUGUAAGCAUGUUUUAUGGUAGUGGGGGAGGUUUGUGUUAUUUAACCAAUAGGUUUUAGGAUUAAUUAUGCUUCCUUUUUUUCCAUCACUGUAAUGGCUACUAAUGUUUUUUUGGGUGAUUGUAAAAUGCUUGCUGGACCUCUGAAGACACAGAAUUA